AUGCCUAAUAGUCCAAUUGUGUUAGAUUAUGAGGAGACUUCAUACAAAAAGGAAUUCAUACAAUUCACCCAUGGCAUACCAAAAUAUUUGAAGUAUUACAUCUCAAAUUUACUGCCCAUCAUAUACUGGAUUCAUCGAUACAACUUGACAUGGCUAGUGUCAGAUAUCAUCGCCGGUGUCACUGUGGGCAUUGUUGCUGUUCCUCAAGGCAUGGGAUAUGCAAAAAUCGCCAAUCUUAGUCCUCAAUACGGUUUAUAUUCUUCUUUUGUCGGCUUAUGUCUGUAUUGUUUCUUUGGCACUUCAAAAGAUAUCAGCAUUGGCCCCACAGCCGUCAUGUCUCUCUUAGUGGGUCAAACGGUGACAAAUGUUACAGCAUCCGGUCAAUACACAGCUCCUCAAGUUGCCGUCGUUUUAUCGUUGUUUGGCGGUUUCAUUGCGUUAUUUAUUGGUCUCGUGCGUCUCGGUAUUCUGGUCGAUUUCAUCCCUGGCCCUGCCAUUGCUGGCUUCAUGACAGGCAGCAGCAUCACGAUUUCCGUGGGUCAAUGGCCCAAGCUAUUUGGCAUGAAAUCAGUCAACACACACGACUCUGCGUACCUCAUCUUUGGCAACUUUUUCAAACAUCUGCCAGAAACUAGAUUAGAUGCUGCUUUCGGUAUCAUUGGUCUCGUUUGGCUCUAUUCCGUUAGAUGGGGUACUGGCUACCUUACCAAGAAGUAUCCCAAGCACGAAAAAAUUUUCUUUUUCGCCAACAUUAUGCGCAAUGGUGUCCUCGUUAUUUUUGGAACUUUGAUUGCCUUCUUGAUCAAUAUUGGUAGAGACACAAGCCCCAUCAGUAUCCUCAAGACUGUGCCAUCUGGCUUUACUGCUAUGGCUGUGCCCACUGUAGAUGUGAACCUUGUCUCUGAGGUCGCUGGCACUCUCCCCUCUGUUGUUAUCAUUUUGGUUCUCGAACACGUUGCUAUUGCAAAAUCAUUUGGUCGUAUCAAUAACUACAAGAUUGAUGCUGACCAAGAAAUUAUUGCUAUUGGUGCUGCUAAUGUCAUUGGAAGUUUCUUUGGUGCAUAUCCCAACACUGGUUCAUUUUCUCGUACUGCUAUUACUGCCCGUAGUGGUGCUCGCACUCCUAUGAGCGGUGUAUUCUCGGCUCUUGUUGUACUCCUUUGUUUGUAUGCCUUGACGCCUGCUUUCUACUACAUCCCAGAUGCCAUCUUGUCUGCUAUUAUCAUUCACGCUGUUGCGGAUCUUGUCUCUGGACCCAAGUUUUUGCGCCAGUUGUACAGAGUCAAUCUCUUUGAGCUGUUUACAUUUGCAACUGCUGUCUUGAUCACCUUUUUCACCAAUGUUGAAUACGGCAUCUAUGUCUCUGUCAUUUUGUCCAUUGCUGCACUGCUUCUUCGUAUUGCUCGCCCUCGCUAUUCCGUACUUGGUCGUAUUCCUGUGCAGCCGUCCACCAGCUAUUAUAAUCCCAAAGACCCUCACAGCGAAAAGGGAGUUGUCAUCAUUGACAAGCAAGGAGAAGAAGAUGGCACCACAGCAACAAAGCAAGACGAAAACACCCACUAUAUCUACGUGAAACAAGACCACCAAACACUUCAUCAUCUAGUUGAGGCACCACCCUCUGGUGUUGUCAUUUUCCGCUUCGAUGAAUCACUCACAUACCCCAAUGCCGGCUACAUUUCAGACAAAAUUAUGCACUAUAUUCAAGACAACUUCAACUCUGGUACCCCUGCUCCUACUACCAAAGGCGAGAGAGCCUGGAAUGAUCGUCGUCCAUUAGCCAGGAAGUCUGCUCCUAAUGUAGAUGAGAAAGACAGCGACGCUGCUUCAUCCAACACUGAUCAAACUGUUGGUAAAAACUAUGAAUCAGAACUGCCCAAGCUUCGUGCUAUUGUACUGGAUUGCUCUGCCAUCAACCACUUGGACUCUACUGGUGUACAGACCUUGCUUGAUCUUAAGCUUACUAUCAAUCGUUUUGCAGGCUACGAAGUUGAAUGGCAUUUUGCUGCGAUUGCCACACCUGCUAUCCGUAGUGCUCUCAUUACUGGUGGUUUUGGAAGCCAAGCAGGUCGUGGUCCUCGUACCGGGGAACUAUUGCCCGUUGUUCCAGUCUAUCGUGAUGGACCUCAAUGCGACGUCAACAACAAGGACGGAAAGAUGAAUAACGACCCCGAAGCCAAUGGAUCUUCAUCUUCCAGCUCUUCUAAUGGGCACACUGAUAUGACAAAUCAAUCUUCCCUGAAUGAAAAGCUGGACAAUGAAAUGGAUCUUUCUAUCAGCAAGAUGCCAUCCAUUCAAUCUCAUCAUGAACACAAACAACAUCCCGCUAGUAUCUCCAAUUGCAGCCGUAUGUCGUAUGUCAUCAAUGUCGAUGGACAUGGCCAAGUCGAGUAUUAUCCUCGUUUAGAUCGUGGUCUUCCUAUUGAUCGCUACCCAUUCUUUCACUGGGACUUGGAAGAUGCUGUUCGUGCUGCUUCGUAUACCCCAAAAAGAGAGUCUAAUUCUAGUUAA